AUGGAUUUCCUUACUCCUGACAAGAAUGUUUGCAGUUAUGAUUUACGAGCUAAUGUUAAAAACACUUCGACUAUUCCUCCAGGAUACAUCCCUCCUCUCAUUCGAGGUCUUAGUUUAGAAGAUUCUGUGAAAUCCACGUCAUGGUCCACUUCAAAACACAAGCCACAUUCCUUAUAUCUGGGGAUUAAUCAGGGAUAUAAUGACACCAGUUCACUGGAUUCCAUUUUCCCGCAACCAAAUACUUUAAAUCAAAGAACCACAACAAACAUAUCGAAGAUAAUAACAAACGAUAAAUCACAUCGAAGUAAAUCUUCAACUGUUCCAAAUGUCAUGAAAAUUGUACGUAAAAGUUAUGAUACACUAGAUGUUGGUAGAAGUCGUUAUGAAAAACAUUUAAAAGUUGAUCCUGAAUUAAUUGCUCAACAAGUCACUUUAAUUGAACUCGAAUACUUUCAAGCAAUCGAAGCAGAUGAAUUUUAUACAUUAAAAUGGAAUAGUAAAGAAAAACUACAAUAUGCUCCAAAUAUUGUUGCUUCUACAAGAUGGUUUAAUCAAAUCAUAUUCUGGGUUCAAAAAGAUAUAUUAAAUGAGAAAAGUUUAUCGAAGCGAACAGAAAUAUUAUCACAUUUUAUACGAAUAGCAAAGAAACUAGUUGAUUUAAAUAAUUUCUCAUCAGGAAUGGCUAUUGUAUCUGCUUUACAUAUGCAAUGUAUUCAUCGACUAAAUGCUACAUGGUCUAAUUUAUCUUCACGUGAUCGUCAUAUAUUUCGAAAAUUGUCAGAUUUGUUUUCUCAAGAAGAAAAUUUUGUUAAUCUUCGUUCAGCUGUAGAUAAUUCACGUCUUCCAUGUAUACCAUAUUUAGGUGUUUAUCUUUCUGAUAUAACUUUUAUUGAUGUGGCUGCAUCAUCAUCGUAUAGUCGUCGUGAAAAUAGUACAUGGACUAAUCAAGGUAAACAAGAUCGAAUUAAUAAUAUCUUACGGAUUAUUGCAAAUUUUCAACAAUCCAAAUAUCCUUUUGUUCGAAAUGAAUCCAUAGCUAGUUAUUUGGAAGCACAACGUUACAUAGAAGAACUUCAACGAUUUAUUGAAGAUGCAAAUUAUAAAUUAUCUAUUCAAUUAGAACCUCCACCUACAUCAUCUCCACCAGAUGUAUCACGUCAAAAUACUGUCCCACCGAAUUAUUCAUUUCUAAGUAAUAAUGAUAAUAUAUUAAAACCUGUGCCAAUUUAUAAUUGUACAACAAACAUUACUUCCAAUUGUGAUACAAUAACAACAACAACUACUACUACUACUACUACAUUGUCUUCCAUUAAAACUACCACAUUAUCAUUAUCCUGUAAAACUAUAAAUAACAAAACAACAGGAACAAGGCAUACUAACAAAGGUAACCCAUCUAAUUCAACAGUGAAUCAACUUGAAAAACAAAUCAAAUCCAAUUCAAUAUUAUAUGAUUUACUUGAACCACCAAUUAUACCUCCACCACCUCGUGUUAAACAAACAUAUUCUCAAGAAGAUAUUUCAAUGCCAUCAAGUAUUCAUUGUUUAACAUCAAACCAUUCUGUGGUGAAUUCAAUUCAACGGCCUCGAAAACGACCAACUCAUCGAAAACUAGGCAGCUGGGGAGGAUUCGGACUAUUAUUCUGUGAUAAUGGUACAACACCGACUAUUGAUAAAACUGAAAAUAAACAAAAUUUAUCUACUUCAACUACUACUACUAAUACUGGUAGCAGUAGUCAACUUUUACCUCGGUCACCACGUUUUAAUAGGAAUAUGAAAUUAUCUUUUAAUAAUGUUGAAUCUCCGAAAAAUUCCUUAUCCAAUCAGAACCAUGGUUUCAUCAACAAAUGUUCACCUACAAUACUCAAAAAAUAUAUGAAUACUAAUAAUAAUGAUAAUAAUAUUAAUACCAAUAUCAAAACUUCUAAACAACGCAAUGGUGAUAUCAAUUUAAUGUUUGAUCAUUCAUCGUCUAAUUCUUCGACGUCUUCACCUCACCUUCUUGUAUUCACUGAUUGUUUAAACAAUCCAGAUAAUAAUAAUAAUAAACAAUCAAUAAAAAAAGAGCAAAUGAUUUCUGGCAAUUCAUCAUCAUUAUCAUCACCUUCAUCAUCGCAUAAUUCUGUUAUUGAAUUACAAUGUAUUAUGGAAUCAAAAUCAAAUGAUUCACAAAAUCAAUCAUCUAUAUUCUUUCAUGAUAUAUUCAAUGCAAAAACUGCUCCUGUUACACCAUGUCGUAGAAUAAAACAACAUCAACACAACUAUACUACUAAAAUAUCAGAUACAGGAAUAUCAAAUUAUGAACCGAAAAAGUGUACAAAUAUCACUACUACUACUACUACUACUACUACUACUACUACUACUACUACUACUACUACUACUACUACUACUACUACUGACAAUGAUAAUAAUAAUAAUAGUACUAGUAGUAAGCAUAAAUCUUCUACAAUGCUUGUUACUAAUACAUCAUUUAAAGAUUUCAAUAGCGGACAUUAUCAAAGAAAGAAAAAUCUAUCCUAUUGUAAUGCAUCUACUGAACAUGGGAAGAAAAUCUCUGUUGCUAAACGAUUACUUCAUAAUUUUCCACUUAGUAGUUCACCUUCAAUACUCUAUCAAUCAUUGUUUAUAUCACCUCAAAAAGAUCAUUCAUUUAAUAUUUGUACUACAUCAUUAACAAAUCAUAUUGAUCCAAUUCAUUAUCGUCUUUCACAAACAUUUCCAUUUGUAUUGCCUACAUCAAAAAUAAGAUCAUCAUCGUUACAUUUACCUAAGUUAUCAUCAUAUCAACAACAAUCUCAACAUUAUUCUUCUACAAAUCUAUCUCAUUUAGCCUUAGCUGCUCUUGCAGCUGCCCAAGUAACAAUUUCUAAUAAUAAUAAUAAUAAUAAUGAUUAUAAACAUAUUACACAUGAUGAGAAUGUUACUUUUGUUCAUCGUCAUCAUUAUUCCCCGGUUUUAAUGUCAACAUCGAAUUUUUCUCAUUCACAAUCCUCUCCAGUAAACUCAACUUAUUUAAAUAUAAAAUUAGCAAAUAAUUUAGAAGUAAUUCGAGAAGGUCCUUUACUAUGUUGUACUACGUCUUUAACAUCAUUUAAAAUUGCCAAGUUCCAUAAUUCAUCAUCAAUCAGUAGUAGUAAUACAUCAUCAUCAUCACCACCACCACCAGCACCACAAUUGUCAACUUCAUUUACAGAUCAUUCCAAUAUUUCCAAGAUUCCAUUUUGUCAAACUCUUCAUAAUAUGAAUCCAUCAACUUUGGAAUUACAAGUAAAUAAUAAUCAAUCACCAAUAAAACAACAAAAUAAGUUAAAUAUACAUUCACCACCUACUAUUACUGCCAAUCUUUCAUAUUCUUAUUCACAAACUUCUUUAUCUUCCAUGACGUCUACUUCGUUAUCGUCUUCCUCUUCUUCGUCUUCCAAUAAUAAUAAUAAUAAUAAUAAUAAUAAUAAUAAUAAUAAUAAUAAUAAUAAUAAUAAUAAUAAUAAUAAUAUCCAUGAUGAUGAACAAUCUACAAACUAUAGAAAUGAACAUUUAUCCCCUCAAUUAAUUUCUACUAAUUGUCAUUGUAAAUAUUUAAGAAAAUCUUUAUUUUCACGUACAUUUUAUAAAAAAUUUAAAAAUUAUUGGGCUGUACUACUUAUUUCAUUCAAUAAUCAUAAUCAUAAUGAUGAAUAUGCUUUUUUAGUUUUAUUUAAAACUCAUACAAAACAAUUAAUUCCAUGGUCAUCUAUUUUAUCUUCACAAUUGAAUAAAACAAAAAUGUAUAAAACUCAACUUCUUUUCAACUCACCGAAUUAUUAUUCAGCUAGUCGAUGUAAAGUCUUACGUAUACAAGAUGCAUGCUUUGAUAAUAAUAAUAAUCACAAUAAUCAACCUCCAUUGAAGGGUCAUUGUAUUCAUCAAACUGUAUUAGUUUUAGAAAAUCAUUCAAAUAAAGAAAAAGUGUAUCGAUUAAUGUCUCCAAUUGUACAAUAUUCAUGUAUACAAUCAAUGACAUGUAAAAAUUCAAAUAGAAGUUCUUCCAAAGUUAUGGAACAUGCUGAUCAAUUUGGUGUUGCAUUGAAUUCCGAUAUUCAGAUUACAAAUAAUACACAUCGUGAUCUGCUGCCUUCUUGGUCAUGGACUACUAAAACGGUGCAUCGAUUCAGUCAAAUAAUUAAACAAAAAUUUGGCACUAUUUCAAAAAUAAAUCGAAAUAAAUAUGACUUGUCAUCUAACAUAACAACAACAACAACAACUAACAUUCCUCCUACUACUACUAAUACUACUACAACUACUCCUACCACUCCAUCAAAUGAUUAUUUAUUAAAUAAAUCAUUCCAAUGGCUUCUUCCAUUACUUACUCUAUUUCCAUCUACCUCACAACAAGUAUCUAAGCAUAUGUUUCAAACACCAUUUCUUAAUUUAUCCACAAUAGAAUGA